AUGGACCAUGCCAUACCAAAGUUUACCCAACACUCACCAACGACCGAGGCCUUGGACUACGUCGACCUCGUAGAACUCGAUCUUGCCAGCUUUGAUAAUUCCGCAACCCGAGAAAAGCUCGCUGAGCAACUUCUCGAUGCCGUAAUCAAUGAUGGCUUCUUCGCGCUUUCCAAUCAUGGUAUCCCGGAAGACGUCUACUCCUCACAAGUCGACCUUGCUCAUGCAGUCCUGUCAAUCCCAGACGAGGAAAAGAAGCAAUACGAAACACCACCACACGAAGAUGCUCGCGGCCGAUAUGUGGGGUUCAAACCUGCCGGUGGCUCAAGCAGCAAAGCCUGCUCCCACAAAACCCUCGACCACUACAAUGUUCCAGCCUGGGAUCUAGAGAUUCGAAAGCACCCGCCGCUUUUGCAACCGUAUCUCAACCAAGUUUCAACAUUCAUGGAACUCAUUCGACAGAAAGUACUCAGUAAGCUACUGACGCUGGUCUCACUGGUUCUCGAAGUCCCGGAAGAGCGCAUCAUCUCCACACAUGCACCGGAAUUGGAGACUACCGAUUACCUUCGAUACGUUCUUUACAACCCUCGACCAGCCAACGAUAGCCAACAAUAUCGGGACCUGUAUCUUGCAGGACACACCGACUUGGGAUCGUUCACGUUUCUGUUCUCCCAGCCCGUCUCGUCGCUGCAAAUUCGAACACUGGCCGGCGAUUGGAAAUGGGUGCCGUACCUCCCAGGCCGCCUCAUCGUUAACGUGGGCGAAGCUUUGGAGUUGAUGAUGGGUGGUCUUUUCAGAGCGACUGUUCACCGUGCUGUUAAGCCGCCGGCCGAUCAGGAGAGGGCGAAGAGGAUCGGUGUGAUGUAUUUCGCCCGGCCGAGUAACGGGCAGAGAUUGGAGCCGAUUGAUAGCCCCCUGCUCCGCAGAAUGGGCAUUGACAAACCGUUGGAUGUCAAGGUCUAUACAAUGGCUGACUAUCCUUAUGCGAGAAAACAUGGGUGUAAGAGACUAGACUUUGACCAAGGCAAGCCCAGGAGGCAGAGGCUUCAAGACAUGCAGACCGACUAUGUAGAUAAACAACCUGCUCAAGAGCCAGGCAUCACAACUUAA